GUUUUACUUCUAAAAUUGAAAUUUUGACACGCUAAGUUUCCAAAUCCGGGUUUACUAAUUUAUAUUGGUUUUGUACCGCCACCAUUUUCUGAAACUCAUUUGAAGAAUCAUUUACUAUCAUCGGAAAAAUGGUCGGAGAAGGCGGGUGGGAGAAUGCCGCCGCAGGGUCCAUUGCCGGUUUCGCAACUGUCGCAAUUAUGCAUCCUCUCGACGUCGUCCGCACUCGUUUCCAAGUUAAUGAUGGGCGAAUUGCAAAUCUUCCAACUUACAAGAACACUCCUCAUGCUCUCUUCUCCAUUGCUCGUUUGGAGGGCCUGCGGGGGCUUUAUGCUGGAUUUUUUCCUGCAGUUCUUGGAUCAUCUGUUUCAUGGGGACUGUUUUUCUUCUUCUACAACAAAGCCAAGAAUAGGUAUUCUCGUGACAUGGAGGAGAAGCUGAGUCCUGGACUUCAUCUAGCAGCAGCUGCUGAGGCUGGAGCACUGGUUUCUUUUUGCACAAAUCCUGUUUGGCUCAUCAAAACAAGAUUGCAACUUCAGAAUCCUCUUCAUCAAACUCGUCAGUAUUCUGGUGUCUAUGAUGCUUUAAGAACCAUAUUGAAAGAGGAAGGUUGGACUGCACUCUAUAAAGGAAUUUGGCCAAGUCUUUUCCUGCAGGUCUCUCAUGGUGCAAUUCAGUUCACAGCUUAUGAGGAACUGCGCAAACUUCUCGUGAAUUUCAAAUCCGAAAGGGCCAAAAGCAAAGAUGUUGAUGUAUUGAAUUCACUAGAUUAUUCCAUUUUAGGAGGUUCUUCAAAAAUCUCUGCCAUCCUCAUUACAUAUCCAUUUCAGUGUUUUUGCAGGUCAUCCGAUCAAGAUUACAGACCGAAUGCUGAUGGAGUUCCAAGAUAUGCAGAUAGCUUUCAUGUGGUGAAAGAAACUGCACGGUUUGAAGGUCUUCAUGGUUUCUACAAAGGUAUUACUGCUAAUCUAUUGAAGAAUGUACCUGCAUCUGCUGUAACAUUUGUUGUAUACGAGAAUGUAAUAAAGUUGUUUAAAUUGACUCGAAGAAAAGAUUGAUUCUAAUUGCAUUCGCUUAUAUAUGUUAAUUGUUUUUACUAAUGCUACCAUUGUUCUUUGAUGUUUUCUUUACUUUAUCCCCUUAUCCUGGAACUUUUUCGAAUCACCAUUCUUCCAUUAGUCGACUGUUAUAUACAGGAUCGUCGAAGAAUAGGCCAAUAAGCAUUAGCAGUAUGAGCUCAGAGUUGUAAUUCUGCUGGCAAAGUCAUAAGCAAUAUAAUAACUAAGAUUGGUUCCUCCGCCUCCAUGUUUUGUAUUUCAUGUAUCAUGAGUUCAUGUAGCUUUUCUUAUGUGUUCUUCAUGUCUAAAUUAACUUCCGUUGGUGCUUUUGGAAUUAUUGGUGCUUGACAAGGUCUUUACAACCCUAUUAAACACAAAAACAAUAAUAAUGUUUUCUAAUUAUUCUCUCUGUGUCUCGGGAAUAGCACCAUUUGACCCAAAAGCUCUCACAUAAUUGAGUCGAAUGGUGCUAUUCGCCAAUAAGGACAUGCUUGAUGCUUGAGUUUACAUGAUAUCCUCUGUACUGCCCUAUAUCAGAUCAAGAGUGAAAAAAUAAUGGCCUUAUGCAAUAACCCAAUAGAGAUUGCUUUAAAUUUUAUUGAUAUGUAGAACAAUGGGUAUUGUGUGAGAUUAUCUUUUUGAGAAAAUUUGAAAAAAGUAAGACGAUUUAACAACUUUUUUUCCAAAAUAAGCUCCGUAAAAACUUAUUUCCCAAAAUAAGCGUCCGUACAUCCAAGCCUAGCCUCGGGAAGAGUCGCUGUUAGUGACAGCGAAAGUGAAAAAAAAAAAUUAAAAGCCCAAAGUCGCUGUUACUAACAGCGACUUAAAAAAAAUAAAAAAAUAAAAUAUAUAGUAACAGCAACAUGUCCCGUUUGACAUGACCAAUUUUGUGCAGCAGCGUAAC